CAUCUUCUAUUCUUCCCCCCCAAAUUUAAUCAGAUAUUUUGACCGCAUUCAACGUAUGACUAACGACUCAUUCUCACCUAGAAUUUUGUAAUCCUGGGACGGCGGAGCUCCCCUUGGCGCCUUUGCCUGUCCGCCUCCCUUCAUUCUCAAAUCUGCUCCACAUUCCUCAAAUUCCAAUGGCAGGCUAGGGUUUCUUAUUUUGUGAAGGCCGACCUGCCUAGUCCUUAUCCUCUUUAAGCCUCGGCCUCGUUUCUUCCUUCCGCAUUGCGUCUUCGCUGCGGAUUCAAUGGCGUCUAGGUCUACCACCACCAAAUCUGAUCCAUCCGAGGAUCCUCAGAUGGUUGAAGUACAAGAAGGAAGUCAAAGUUCAAGGGACAUUAUCUCUGUUAUUGAUUCCUUAAAGAGACGAGUUGCAGCUGAUCGAUGCAUUUUUAUAAAGAAAAGAAUGGAAGAAAACAGGCAAAAGCUGAUGGGUAUCACAAAUCAUGUUUAUAAUUUGUCAAAGGCCAGAAGAAACAAUGAGAUGACUGAUACAAAUGUAGAUUUAUUGACAAAGAGGCAAACAGAUGCACUUGGUACGUCAAAUGGUCUUGAUGUAAAUAAUGGUGAAAAGGAUAAUAGUAGCUUCCAAGAAGAGGUCCAUGCCUCAUCUUCAGUUCAUUUAGGCACUACUUUUGGAUCAAAGAGUGCUGUUUGCCCUAUCAAGUUGCCAGAAGUCAAGACAUUGCCUCCAUAUACUUCAUGGAUUUUUUUGGAUAGAAACCAGAGAAUGACAGAAGAUCAAUCGGUAGUUGGUCGAAGAAGAAUUUAUUAUGAUCAAAAUGGUGGUGAAGCUUUAAUAUGCAGCGACAGUGAGGAGGAGAAUGCUGAGGAUGAAGAAGAAAAGAGAGAAUUUGGGGAUUUUGAAGACUAUAUCCUUCGAAUGACAAUCCAAGAAGUUGGUUUAUCUAAUGCUGUGCUGGAUUCACUUGCUGAGUGCCUUUCUAGAAAUCCUUGUGAUAUCAAGGCCAGAUACGAAAUUCUUUUGAAAGGAGAAAAGGAUCUGCAGUGCUCUAAGGAGAGGGAUGCUGAAGAUGAUCCAAAAACAGAUGAUUCUUUUCUUGAUAAGGAUCUGGAUGCGGCUCUGGAUUCUUUUGACAAUCUAUUUUGUCGACGAUGUCUGGUGUUCGAUUGUAGAUUACAUGGAUGUUCUCAGGAUCUUGUUUUCCCUGCUGAAAAGCAAAGUCCAUGGAGUGGUUCAGAUGAGGAAAAAGUUCCAUGUGGCAAUAAUUGCUAUCAAUUAGCCUUGAAACGUCCAAGUAUUGCCACAGUUAGCUCUCCUGUCCAUGAUGCUAUUGAAGAAAAUCCUAUUGAUUCUUCUGUUAGUGCUGGGGUUCGUACAUCACCAAGAAAGAAAUCCACUGGUUCAUCAGUUGGUAAGGGGCAGAAGUCUAACCAGAGUGAAAGUGCUUCAUCCAAUGGAAGAAAUAUGUCAGAAAGCAGUGAUUCAGAGAUAAAACCUAGGGAGGACAGCCCUUCUGUCCACCACUCUUCAACACCCCCUAAAACAAAGUUUGUGGGGAAAUGUGGAGUCCGUAAGAGAAACAGUAAGCGAGUUUCUGAGCGUGUUCUUCAAUGCAAGAGCAAGAGGCAGAAGAAAACGGUUGCUUCUGAUUUUGAUUCUGUUGUGGAUGGAUGUCUUCAGCCUAGAGAUAUGAAACUUAGAUUUAAUUCACGUAAGGAAAAUGAAGAUGCUAGUUCUUCGUCACAACAAAAAGUAAACUCUCCAAUUACAAGAAAAUCUAGAAGGAAGGAAUCGCCAGUUCAGGACAGUCAAAAUUCGUUGUCAGCUGCAGCCCAUGAUGGACCAUCUGAAGAUAUUAAGGAUGCACCUAGGACUUUUAGUGAGGAUAUCUCGAGGAAAGAGGAGUUUGUUAAGGAAAACAUCUAUAAAUACGAACUAGCGGGUGAUAAAUCUUGGAAAGCCACUGAGAAAAGCCUAUUUGCUAAAGGUGUAGAGAUAUUCGGAAGGAAUAGCUGCUUAAUUGCUAGGAACCUAUUUCAUGGAAUGAAGACAUGUGCUGAGGUUUUUCAGUACAUGAGUUUCACCGAAAAUAAAUCAUCCUAUGGAUCAGCUGAUGCUUCAAAUUCUCUAGUUGAAGGCCAUUCUAAGGAUGCUGAACCACGAAAAAGAUCAAGGUUCUUGCGCAGGAGGGGAAGGGUUCGCCGUUUAAAGUAUACAUGGAAAUCUGCUGGUUACCAUUCAAUUAGGAAAAGGAUUAGUGAGAGGAAGGAUCAACCAUGCCGGCAGUUUAACCCCUGUAGCUGCCAAUCAGCUUGUGGAAAGCAGUGCACUUGCCUUCUAAAUGGAACCUGCUGCGAAAAGUAUUGUGGGUGUCCUAAGAGUUGCAAGAAUCGUUUUAGAGGCUGUCAUUGUGCCAAAAGUCAAUGUCGGAGUCGUCAGUGCCCAUGCUUUGCUGCAGAUAGGGAAUGCGAUCCAGACGUUUGCAGAAAUUGCUGGGUUGGUUGCGGUGAUGGUACUCUUGGAAUCCCUUCCCAAAGAGGUGACAAUUAUGAAUGCAGGAAUAUGAAGCUCCUUCUGAAACAACAACAAAGGGUAUUGCUUGGAAGGUCUGAUGUAUCUGGAUGGGGAGCGUUCCUGAAGAAUAGUGUUGGCAAACAUGAAUACCUCGGGGAGUACACUGGAGAAUUGAUAUCACACCGCGAAGCUGAUAAGCGUGGAAAGAUUUAUGACCGUGAAAAUUCAUCGUUUCUUUUCAAUCUGAAUGAUCAGUUUGUUCUUGAUGCUUAUCGGAAGGGAGACAAAUUGAAAUUUGCCAACCAUUCUCCUGAUCCAAAUUGCUAUGCCAAGGUCAUCAUGGUAGCUGGGGAUCACAGGGUGGGUAUAUUUGCUAAGGAACGGAUAAAUGCUGGAGAGGAACUCUUUUAUGAUUAUCGCUAUGAGCCAGACCGAGCUCCUGCCUGGGCAAGGAAGCCUGAAGCUACGGGGUCAAAAAGGGAGGAAUCAGUUCCUUCGGGUGGUCGUGCAAAAAAGCUUGCAUGAUUCACAGUUAUUCCUCAAAACCAAAUAAAUUUUUACAUUCAUUUAUCUCAUUUUUAUCUUAUUCAUUUAACAUUUGCAUAUGAAGCAUCAUCUCCAUUGAUGUUGAUGAAAAGUUCUGCAAUUUCAUAUUUAUAAGGAACUCAUUUUUUUAAAGGUUACAUUGAUUCCCUUCCAACUUGAAGUAAAUUAACCCGUGUUCUUUCAAAGCAGGAAAUUUCAGGUUCCUACCUAA